AUGUACUACUCAUCGUUAAACGGUUCCAAUUCGUGCGCUCUCAAAGUGUUCGCCGUCCUUUUCUCGCUUCUUUUCCUUUAUUAUAUGCUUGCCGAUGCACCAUGUGGAGGAUAUUUCGAUGCUGAAAAGCCUCAGUUGAAGAGCUUCGAAUCGUCACAGAAGGUGUUGGCGGAAGUACCAAGCAGAGAAUAUCCUGUAGACUGGUCGAAGGGAAUUGCGAUUCUCGUGGUGAUUACCAAAGAUACCAAUCCAAAUUAUUAUGCCGUGGCACUGAGUACAUCUCAACACCUUUGUCAGGUUACUAAUAGUUUGACUGCUUUCAGAGAGCGUCGAGUGCUAUGCGAGGGCUCAGGGAUACCAUUUCAUACUUGCAAAAGAUUCCGAAUACGGCUGUGACAAGAACAAUGAUGUGAGUUUAUUCUUAUUCUGACCAACCUUCCGACUCUCUUUUCCUUUCAGAAAUUCUUUCGUCGACACUGUGUGACUGCCAAACUUCUACCCAAAUACAGUGCGAUCCUGUUUAUAGACGGUGAUAUUGGAGUGGUGAACCCAAAAAAGUGACCCUCAUCGCAUUUAGCCAAAUUAAUGUGUAUUUUAUUUCCAGAAGGAUAGAAGAGUAUCUAGAUGAUGACAUCGACGUCACUUUCUACGAUCGUCAUUUCAAUUUCGAAGUGAUGGCGGGAUCGUAUUUGGUAAGAAACACGCCGUACGCCAUCGAACUCAUUCGAGGUACGCACCUAGUGCUGGCUAAAAAAGACCUUUACUUUCAGACUUUGGCAACUACGAGUUCAAACUUCCAAACAGCGUUCAUGGAACCGACAACGGAGCAAUACACGUGAGCAUCAUGUUUAGUUCAGGGUCCAGUACUAAAAUUUUUUUAACUUUGAAAACAGGCGAUUUCUCAGUAAAUUAUCCGAAACCUCUGUGUCGGGCUUUUCCGAUUUAGUUCCUUUCGAGAAAAGUUAUGAGUUUCAGAUAUUCCUGGCUGAGAAGCUGUUCCCCAACAACUUGAUCGAGAUUGACAUGUGCCGUAAAGCGUACGGUCACUCGAAGAACUUCGACGACUUGGGCACUUAUACGGCGUGUAUCAGAACAAUGUUCGGGGCAUCAACUGAUUUCGGUAAAGUUCGAAUCAUGAAAAAAGUGAGAGCACUUACAGCUGACCAGGAAAAACGGAACACUGUCUUCAGGGAACCGGAUGGGCUCGAGACGACUGGCUGACCAGUGGGGUCUGGAGUCCCGAGAGGGAUUUCAUGCUGCACGGAUGGAAAACGGACCAUCUGAAGGUGCCGCCGGCUGGGAACAUCAAGGCGACCGCGAUGAACUGGGAUACGUGGUACAGUCCCUUUGCGGGUCCCAUUGUUCUGGAAAAGUGUACCCCGGGGUGAGUUGGCUGACUGCCAGUGUUCUUAAUUUUCUGGAUUUGAGAAACACAACAUGGUUGUAUAAUAAGCAGUUGAUGAGUGAUCGAAAGUCCGUGGAUGCAGGCCUUCGGGAGUACGAGGAGAAGGUGGCGUUUAACAAGAUCAAGCAAAUGGGUAAAAUAUUCGAUCUGAUGGAAGCGAAAAACGGGUAA